ACGGCUUAUGCGGUUUCCUUCGCUGGGUCUUCGUCUCAGCCUUGAUUUAAACGACUGCUGUGGGAUUUUAAGUUCGUCACCCCACAAUGCAGCGUGAGCCUGCUAAGAAGAAGCCGGAGAAGAAGGCAGAAAAGCCGUUGUUUGACGCUGCAUCCUUUCGGAAGGACCUGCUGGCUGGCGGGAUCGCCGCGGCUGUGUCCAAGACAGCCGUGGCUCCCAUAGAGCGAGUGAAGCUGCUGUUGCAGGUGCAGGUGUCGUCGAAGCAGAUCAGUCCCGAAGCACGGUACAAAGGCAUGGUGGACUGCCUGGUGCGGAUUCCUCGCGAACAGGGUUUCUUCAGUUAUUGGAGAGGCAAUCUGGCAAAUGUUAUCCGAUAUUUUCCAACACAAGCUCUAAACUUUGCUUUUAAGGACAAAUACAAGCAAAUCUUCAUGUCUGGAGUUAAUAAAGAAAAACAGUUCUGGAGAUGGUUUUUGGCAAACCUGGCUUCUGGUGGAGCUGCUGGGGCAACAUCCUUGUGUGUUGUGUAUCCACUAGAUUUUGCCCGAACCCGGUUAGGUGUUGAUAUUGGAAAAGGCCCUGAAGAGCGACAAUUCAAGGGUUUAGGUGACUGUAUUGUGAAAAUAGCAAAAUCAGAUGGAAUUGUUGGUUUAUACCAAGGGUUUGGUGUUUCAGUUCAGGGGAUCAUUGUGUACCGAGCCUCUUAUUUUGGAGCUUAUGACACAGUUAAGGGCUUAUUACCAAAACCAAAGGAAACCCCAUUUCUUGUCUCGUUUUUCAUUGCUCAAGUUGUGACCACAUGCUCUGGAAUACUGUCUUAUCCCUUUGACACAGUUAGAAGACGCAUGAUGAUGCAGAGUGGUGAGGCUGAACGGCAGUACAAAGGAACCUUAGAUUGCUUUGUGAAGAUAUACCGACAUGAGGGAAUCAAUGCAUUUUUUCGUGGUGCCUUUUCCAACAUCCUUCGUGGUACAGGAGGUGCUUUGGUGUUGGUGUUAUAUGAUAAAAUUAAAGAAUUGUUUAAUAUUGAUAUCAAAGGUGGUUCAUCAGGAGAUUAAAUUGAAAAAUGCAUCCAUCUAACCUGUUGCACAUACAAAUUACAUGCUGCCAUUUGUAUACAUUUUGAUAGGACGUUAUUACUGUCAGUGUAUCUUAAAGUGCUAUUUCUGCAAUAAAGCAUAGACUUUCUUUUAUUGAAAAACAAAUAAGUGUAUGUUUCCACUUAUAUUAAACUCACUGUAAUGAGACAUUUUACUUAUAAAUUGUGUAUGUUGUUUAAAAUUAUUUUCUUACAUUUGCUAUGAAAAUUUAAUUAUAUAAUGCUGAAAUCUAAGAAAUGAAAGCAUCUUCUUUUAAAUUUCUACUCAUUUAAUAUACCUGUUUUCCCAUUUUUAAAAAAUCAUACAGUAUAAGAAAUAUUUCAUGAAAUUUAUCAAGAGAUGAUGUCAUCAUUAUGUCUGUGGAAUAAAUAAGCUUUCUUCCAAGACAACUCAGGUAUUAUUAUGUAUGUUACUUACAGUGUCAUAUAGCUUUGGUAAGCACAGAUUAUAGAUCUGAUCAUUAAAAUUUGAUAAAGACUUUAGUGACACUGUAAAACUAAUUGGAAAAUAAAAGACCUAAAAUGGUUUAUCUGCUAAUCUUUAUCUUUACAAUAAAGUCUUACCAAGUGUGAAUUUCUCUUGUAACAAAAAUAUCCCCUUGAAAGUUAGUUUUUGUA